CAUCCCAGCAAGAGGACACAGGCUGCGACCAGGCAGACAAGCCAAGGACGCAGAGCCAGAGACCGGGAAGGAACUCAGACAUGGAGGCAGGCCCAGCGCCUGGGGACAGAGCCCAGAUGGAUAAGGACGUCUUCAUUGAGAAUUUUGGUGUAGACUGGCCAAAAAAAACAUACCUGUGCUACGAGGUGGAGCAACCAGAAGGUGACUCCAGCAUUCCAGAGGACCAGUUGAAGGGCUUCCUGCGCAACCAGGGUUUUAACACACCAGGGGGACCCCGCCAUGCAGAGCUGUGCUUCCUGGACCGGAUCCGGUCCUGGGGCCUGGACAGGAACAAGCACUACAGCAUCACCGUGUUCAUCUCCUGGAGCCCCUGCCCUGACUGUGCCCUCAGCCUGGUGGGUUUCCUGUGUGUGAACAGCCUUGUGAGCCUGCGCAUCUUUGCCGCCCGCAUCUAUAGCUAUAUCGAGGGAUAUGAGGACGGACUUCGCCAACUGCAGGAGGCUGGGGCUGAGAUCUCCAUCAUGGACAUCCCUGAGUACGAGCACUGCUGGGACACCUUCGUGGACCACCAGGGUCGACCAUUUGAGCCCGGGGACGACCUGUGUGCACACAUUGAAGAGAAAUCACAGAUACUGGAUAAUAUCCUCAAGGGUUCAGGGAAACUGAAGACGGACUCAACCUCACUGAACAACUGGAGUCUUCUGGAGAUCGAUGAGUAAAUCACCUUCUUCAAGAAGAGAAAACUCACCUCUCCACAUUGAUCCAAAGACACCAGCAAAAUGCAAAGGGCUCAUGAGAAAUUUGCCUUUAAAUCUGAUUGAUUUACUUUUUAUUUAAAAUCGGUGGUAUGUUAAAAAACAAACCUUUGAGAUUAAUUCAAUACUAACAGAAUCAUUCUUGAUUUUUAGGGAAUUAAUUGUUUUUGUUGAUUUUUCUAUACAAAGCAAUGAAAAGAAAGUUCACGAAUCUUCCACAAGAUGUUUUUCAUCUGUACAUGUAUCCUGAAGUCCAACUUGUUCAAUAAACACGUGCAAAUGUG